GCUCCGCAGCCACCAAAAAAAGGCCGGACAGACACUUCAGAGCGUUGUAAACUCGCAAUGAUCACAACCUGAGCAGUAUCCAAUCUGUUCUUCGUCUGUAAGUACGAAGAAGUCAGCAGAGCAGGAGUAGAUGUCUCCUUACAUGCUUGCCGCCGCCGCCGGCGUGCUUAUCGUCUUGCUCUAUGUCGUCAAGAACCGUAGGCGCGGCAAGCUCCCGCCGUCGCCCCCGUCGCUGCCGCUGAUCGGCCACCUCCACCUCAUCGGCCGCCUCGCACACCGCUCCUUGCACGAGCUGCAACUUCGCUACGGCGGCGGCCUCCUCUUCCUGCAGCUCGGGCGCAGGCGGACGCUGGUCGUGUCCACUGCCGCGGCGGCCGCAGACCUGUUCAGGAACCACGACCUCGCCUUCGCCUCCCGCCCGCGCAGCGUGGGAGGGGAGAGGCUCAUGUACGGCUGCAAGAACGUGUCCUUCGCGCCGUACGGUGAGAGCUGGCGCAGGGGCAAGAAGAUCGCCGUAGUCCACCUCCUCUCCCCGCGCCGUGUGGAGUCGUUCGCGCCCGUGCGCGCCGCCGAGGUGGCCGCGCUCGUCGCGCGGGCCCGCCGCGCCGCGGAGGCGGGGGAGGCCGUGCAGCUGAGGGAGCUCCUGUACGGCUACACCAACGCGGUGGUCACCCGCGCGGCGACCGGUGCCGCCGGGGCGACGGCCGAGAAGCUGAAGCAGCUGAUGGGGAACUCAGCGGCGCUGAUGGCGGGCUUCCAACCGGAGGACGUGCUGCCGGACGCGCCGGCGAGGUUUGUGAGAUGGGCGACGGGCCUCGAUAGGAAGAUAGACGACAUGGCCGAGGCGUGGGACAAGUUCCUGUCGGAGAUAGUGGCCGCGCACAAGGAGAAGGGGGCCGGCGUUGCAGGGGAGGAGGACGAGGACUUCUUGGACGUCUUGCUCCGGCUGAGGGAAGAAGGCGCCGACGGACUCGAGCUCACAGACGAUCGCAUCAAAUCCACCGUCGAGGACAUGAUAGCCGCGGCAACUGAAACAUCAUCACAGACGCUGGAAUGGACCAUGGCAGAGCUCGUCGCCAACCCCCGGGUGAUGGCCAAGCUCCAGGACGAGAUCGCACGAGCCGCCGCCGCCGAUGAGCCUGCCAUCGCGGAAUCGGACUUGAACAAGAUGGGAUACCUGAAGGCGGUGUUCAAGGAGGUGCUCCGGCUCCACGCGCCGGCGCCGCUCCUCGUCCCGCACGAGUCAACGGCGCCCGCGGUCGUGCAGGGCUACGAGAUCCCGGCCAAGACCUCGCUCUUCGUCAACGUGUGGGCGAUCGGGCGGGACCCCGCUGCGUGGGACGCGCCGGAUGAGUUCCGGCCGGAGCGGUUCGUCGGCGGCAGCGCCCCGUUGGACUUCAGGGGGACCGACUACCAGCUCAUCCCGUUCGGCGCCGGCCGGAGGAUCUGCCCCGGCAUCAACUUCGCGCUGCCGGUCUUGGAGCUCGCGCUCGCCAGCCUCCUGCGCCACUUCGACUGGGAGCUCCCCGCCGGCAUGCGCCCGGCCGACCUCGACAUGGGCGAGGCGCCGGGGCUGACGACGCCGCGGCGGGUUCCCCUUGUCCUAGUCCCCAAGUGCAAGACGCUCGCUUAGCCACAGCACUGCAGUAAUAAUCAACUAGCACUAGCUUUUUUAUGCAAAUAUUUAGAUAUUUAUUUCAAAGUAAAUAAAUAUAAAUAAUUGUAUUUAGUCGUGUCAUGGUAACAUGCCAAUAUAUUAUCAUAUAUUAUAUUGUUAUA